GAGGAAUGUGUGUCUGUGGAGACAACUGCAAAUGCACAACUUGCAACUGUAAAACAUGUCGCAAAAGCUGCUGUCCUUGCUGCCCCCCAGGCUGUGCCAAGUGUGCCCGGGGCUGCAUCUGCAAAGGGGGCUCUGACAAGUGCAGCUGCUGCCCCUGAAACCCAUUAAUUGUGGGAAAGAUCCUGGGAAGUGUCUGUACAGCGCAUGAGUCAAACAGUUGAAAUGAUUGUACAAUAAAUUGUGCUUUUUAUAUAUUUGCCCAAAUGUGGUGUUGGUGACAUUCAUGUAAAGUGGUUGGAGCAAUAACGUUUUCACUUGUGGUUGUUUGGUGUUUCAGAGCACGGUUUUACCCGAACCCAGCAGGACCCAGAAAGGCUGGCCCUGGGGCCUAUCCCACAGCUGCCAUCUGCCCACCUCCUGCAGAUGGCUGCUUGCUGCAAAUGCUUUCUCCUGCUGCAUGAGCAUUCUGGACCCCUGCACGAGGUGGCCAACAACAGGGGAGUUAAUGCCCCAGGAACAGCCACGACCAAUGACAAACAGAAGUUGGUGGAUAAAUACCCAGCAUUUCCCACCUGCAGUGGGACAGCUCUGAGACUUUUUCUGUACUAUCUCCCAGAAGUCUCCAGAAGCACUGAAUACCACCAGUA